AUGGAGCGUACUCGGCCUCCUCUUAAGGAGACGAGUGCGAAUGUCCCUUCGCCAGUGCACAAGAAGCAAAAAGUUCAUCGAACAACGGUCAAAAGCAUUAAUAUCAACAAACCUGACCUCCGUCUUGGCCACGAAGAAAAGAAGGAAUCCAAAAGUCAACCUGAAGUAGAAGGCAGAGAUGCCAUUGAAGCCAGAGAUGUAAAGGAAAAAGAGAAAGAUACAAGAGGUAAACUUGUUGGUGAAGAGUUACUUGCCUGGCAGACUUCAUGGAGAAAGAUCAUGCGUGAAAGCGUGGUUUACUUCGACACACAGGGAGGAGAUAAUAGUGUUGCCCAGGUGGCAGAGCAAAAGCGAGCCCAGAGAGCAUUGAAGCUGGUGGGAUGUAGCAUUGUCCCCUUCUAUGACCAUGAUGUCACCAUCAUUGUAUCUCGAAGGCCGUUCGUAGCUUCUAAAGUGUACCAGGGCAACGAUAUAUUUCACGACGCUGUGGAGCUUAAAAUCAAGGUUUGGAGCUACGAUAAAGUAUUUCGGUUCUUGCGUUAUUUGAGCUCUCCAGUACAAGACGUGAGACCUGAACUGAAACGCCAACAACUGACCCAACCUUCCAACCUUUCACAUCUUCUUCGCGAAGAAAAAAUCUUUGGAGCCACUGACAGAGACCCCAAUGCCCGCCGAGAUGACUUACAUUAUCUUGAAGGGCCAUACUUGUAUGUGUAUGAUAUGGCGCAAACUGUCCGGCCCAUUGCUGUACGCGAGUGGGGUGAAUCUCCCUAUCCCGAGUUUGGAUUGACAUUAGAUGGAAAGUGUCCUUUCAUAGCUGAAGGAGGUGAUAAUCUGGAUAAAAAACGUCUCCGUCGAUUACAAAAAUUUGAGGCUACUCGCGAAUAUCGCCAAAGAUUACGCCAAAUAUCGCAUGACAUCGUCCGUGGUCAACUCACCGACGCCACCCUUUCCGAAGCACCAGAGGAUGAUUCGCUACCUGCAUUAACUAGCGGAGAAGCAAUUGCUGCUGAAGAAUUCCAACCCCCACCUCUCACUCGCGAUUCGUCCAUGCAACCAGCCAAGUUCUUUGAAGUUGCAGCCUCGGGUUACUACGGCGCAUCUAAUGCUCAUGAUUCUGCUUCUGCUUCCAAUUCCGUCACGGGAAACGGACUUGGUCCCACGAUUUCCGGUGUCCCAUCUCGUAAUGUCAAUAAUCUCAAGCGUCGUAUUUUCAUGAAACGUCGCCAAAAACAACACGAUGAAAAAGAAAAGGACUUGAAGCCGGGAUACUGCGAGAACUGCCGCGUCAAAUACGAUUGUUUUGAAGACCAUAUAUCAUCUAGCAGACAUCGCAAUUUCGCUGCUGACGAUGCCAACUUCUCAGACAUCGACAACCUCAUUUCCACUCUUCACGAUUGCAAGCAGUUUGGCUAUGUAACUUCCAAUGGAGAAUUCCGUUUGGCAUGA